UGUCUUUUGUCUCUACCUCUCUCUCUCUCUCUCUCUCGACCUUCUUUAAAAACAACCACCAUCACCUCUGUUCUCUCCUCCCCCAUUCUCAACACAAGAGAGCUAUACAUGGCGUUGGAGGCGGUGGUGUUUCAACAAGACCCCUUCGGGGCAAGCUUGAAGGAGUUGUGCGGCUAUGACUUCGGCGGUUUGCUCCUUGAAUGUGGCCAGGAGAAGGAAUUCGAUCAGUGGGGCUUGGACUCCGCGUCGCCGGCGGCGGUAAAGGAGGAGGAGGAGGUGGUGGUGGUUGAGAGGAAGAAGAGGAGGCGGCGGUCGAGGAGUUGCAAGAACAAGGAGGAGGUGGAGAGCCAGAGGAUGACACACAUUGCGGUGGAGCGCAACCGGAGGAAGCUCAUGAACGAGUACCUCGCCGUGCUCCGGUCGAUCAUGCCGCCGUCCUAUGUUCAAAGGGGAGAUCAAGCAUCCAUUGUGGGAGGAGCCAUAAACUUUGUCAAAGAGCUCGAACAGCACCUGCAAACCCUAGAAGCCCAAAGAAGAAUCAAGCUCGGGCGCGAUUCGCCCGAGCCCAACUCCUCCUCCUCUUCUCCGUUGACGGACUUCUUCACGUUUCCUCAGUACUCAACUACUAGCAACAACAAUGCAAUCGAAUCGACGGCCAAGAACCAGUCGGCCAUGGCCGACAUUGAGGUGAGCAUGAUCGAGACCCAUGCCAACCUUAAAGUUCUGUCGAAGCGGCGGCCGAAGCAGUUGCUUAAAAUGGUCGCUGGACUUCAGAACCUCAGGUUCACUGUUCUUCAUCUUAAUGUGACCACCGUCGAUCAAAUGGUCCUCUACUCUGUCAGUCUCAAGGUGGAAGAUGACUGCCUAUUCAAAUCGGUGGAUGACAUCGCGGCCGCAGUGAAUCAGCUUGUUGGGGUGAUUCAGGAGGACUCUGCUUGUAGUUGAGAUGCAAGCUUAUGUAACAUUAGGCAAUAACAAUUUAGUUUUGUGACGUUCACUCUUGCUGAGUUCUCUACUGAUUUUUAUUGAUCAGGGUCUAUUCGUUAUCAUAUCCAAGACCGGCCUCUUUCUUUC